CCUGUUUUGCCCGAUUCCAGCACUUCGAACCGGCGAGCAGUUUCGGAAACUCUUGACGACAAUCGAACUACCUUGUGAUAAUAUGACGACGUUCGGAGGGCCGCCCAGGGGUAAGAAAGGCUCAUCGAAAAACGUCUGUCUCGAUGCGAGGUUCGACGUCGCCCCCGGCAGGUGCGUCGUCUUCGCUUUCGGCAUCAACCACGACUGGAGUUUCGAGGAUGAGAUGGCCGAGUUCGGGUGCAAGGUAUUCGCGUAUGACCCGACAAUGGACGUCGAGAGCCACCAGAGGUCCCCCAACGUGCAGUUUUUCGCCACCGGGAUUUCCAACUACAACGGGACAAAAGUGAUCGGGAUGGGGAAGAACUGGAAAGAGCGGAACGUGGACCGUUUCGAGAACCUGGUGAAGGAGGCGGGGAUGGAGGGCCAACCGAUCGACGUCGUCAAGUUGGACGUCGAACUCUCCGAACUCGACUUCUUGCAGGACAUGCUCUUCAAUUCUCGCCACGUCCUCAGGAACAUCAAGCAGCUGGCUAUGGAGAUACAUUCCCAUUUUAAAAGUAAUAAUGUAGAUUCCGCAGCUCGUUCCCAGGUGUUUUGGCCGUACCUUAACCUCAUGAGAUGUGCCGGUUUUAAGCUAAUGAGCUCCGAAUCAGGUGGUUACUGGAGGGAAGUCGUGUGGGCGCAGGAAAGAGUGUGGUAAUAAACAGACUUUAGAGUUUAGGUGCGUGAAUUUUGGGUGUGAGGUUUUGGUGUCUGUGUGGGUGUUUAGGGUUUGGUGUCUCUGUGUGUGAGAUUUUGGUGUCUGUGUGUGGGUGAGAUUUUGGUGUCUGUGUACGUGAGAUUUUGGUGUCUGUGUGUGUGUGA